GUGCGUGACUCGGCUCAGGCUAGGAGAGGGGGGAUCGAUGGGCCAGGGAUGGAGUCCGCGAGCAUAGCGCUGGUCCUCCUGGUGCAGCUCUCGGCCCUACUAGGAACCACAAGCCUGAGCGUGAAGCAGGGACCCACAUCACUGUGGGUAGAGCAAGGCAGCCAGGUGACCUUCACCUGCCAGGUGGCCUAUGCCCAGGCCUGGGAGCUGCUCCGCAUCGGGUGGACCAAAGACGGCCAAGUCUUGUGCCAGACACACGUCACCAACAACAGCCUCAGCCUGGGGGUCUGUGGGCCCCGGGGAUGGCUCGUCUGGCAGUCGCCUGGCAACCUCACCUUGAGGCUGGACCAGGUGAGCGCCAACGACAGCGGGGACUAUGUGUGCUGGGCGGCCGUGGAGAUUCCCGAGCUGGAGGAGUCCGAGGGCAAUGGCACGCAUCUGCUGGUGGCGCCAGAUGAUCCCCAAGGGACCCCUGCUUCCAGCUUCCCAGGACUUCUCUCCUCGCUGCUGAUGGCGGGGGUCGUGGUCGUGGCCGCUAUCGCGCUGGGCGCUGGGAUCUGGGGCCGCCGUCGCCGUCUGCACAGGGACUCAGGAGUGAAGACAGAGUCCCCAGAGGUGGGCCAGGCCGGCUCUCUUGAGCAACUGUCAACUUUUGGCCUGUGUCACCCCCCUCCCCCGCCAGGAAAUCAUUUCUACAGCAAUGUCCUAUACCGGCCCCAGGGAACCCCAAAGAAGACUAAGGCGUGGCCUGGGGAAAGGAAGGUGCUGGACCCACCCAGAUCGGACCAGAAAGGCCAGAGCUUCUAUUCGACCUCUUUCCCCCAGCCCCCCAAACCCCAGCCGUGUCUGCCCCCCAAUCCCCAGCCGUGUCUGCCCCCCAACCUCCAGCCAUGUCUGCCCCCCAGACCUUGCCCCAGCCUGGGACCUAGCCACCCCAUCUCUACCAUGGUCUCUCCCAGCCCACGUGCCUUUGAGCAGCCAUGGCCAAGAGGGUCUCCUAGAGGGGGAAGGAGAGUCUGAGCUCCUGGGCAUCCCGGAGGGACCCCACCAGCGGCUCAGGCUAUGUGGAAAUGUAACUGACCCUGGACCUCCCUCCUCCCCCACAACACCCAAUAAAGCCUAGUGAAGAAAGCAAAGGCAGAGUUGAUGGCAAUU